UCCAUUUAAAGGGCCAGUAGUCGCGCACCCCGCGCUUCUGAAGAAAGCAGGACUGUUUUCUCGGGGUUAUGAGAUUUGCGACGCAGUCGGGGCGGUGAAGCACCCUGGGUUUUUAUUAUUCUCCUGCGUCCUAACUGCUUUCCUUUUACACACGCACACGAAAAAGGAGAGACGGAUUUCGGGAUUGCGCUGUUUUCAACACGAGCUGUGGAUCUAACUGUUGCACUUUGAACACAGACAUGAACUACUGAAACCGCUACAAAAAGAAAAUCUGUGAAAUAUUUUGAGGGAAGGAGCUCCGUCUCAUCCCUCCUCUUCAAAAGAAAGCUUUGAAACCAUGAUGCUGUCGUGGCUGCUGACAUAUUUCACUGCAUUUGUCAUUGGGAUGGUUGCACCGUUCCCGAUGACCCCCACGGAGCAACCUCCGGAAAUAAGCACCUUCCGGGUGAAGGACACCAGCUUGAAUCACUUGACCGUCCACCGCAAGACAGGUGAAGUGUUUGUGGGAGCCAUCAAUCGCAUCUACAAGCUCUCUGACAACCUGACCGAGAUCCGUUCACACAAGACUGGUCCGAUAAAGGACAACUCCCAAUGCUACCCACCACCCAGUGUCCGGACAUGCGCCCACAAGCAGGAACCUUCUGAUAACAUCAACAAGCUUCUGCUGAUAGACUAUGCUGGCAACCGGCUGGUAGCCUGUGGCACCAUCUGGCAGGGAGUGUGUCAAUUUUUGCGUCUGGGCGACUUGUUCAAGCUCGGUGAGCCUCACUUGCGCAAAGAGCACUACCUUUCAGGAGCUCAGGAGGCAGAUGGCAUGGCCGGAGUGGUAGUGGACGACGAGGAAGACGAUCCAAAGAGGAAGAGAAAGAAGGGAGACGGCCGAUUGUUCAUCGGUGCUGCCAUCGAUGGCAAGUCUGAAUACUUCCCGACGUUGUCCAGCCGCAAACUCGUAGAGGAUGAGGAGAGUGCUAGCAUGUUCAGCUUGGUGUACCAGGAUGAGUUUGUUUCUUCGCAAAUCAAGAUUCCAUCAGACACGCUGUCUCUCUAUCCCGCCUUUGAUAUCUAUUAUGUCUACGGCUUCGCCAGUCGGACUUACAUCUACUUUCUCACGCUGCAGCUAGACACACAGCUCACGCAAGUGGAUGCCACCGGUGAAAAGUUCUUCACGUCCAAGAUUGUCCGCAUGUGCUCUAAUGAUACAGAGUUCUACUCUUACAUCGAAUUCCCACUCGGCUGCACCAAGGAUGGCGUGGAAUACCGCCUGGUCCAGGCCGCAUACAAGCACCGUCCAGGAAAGAUGCUUGCUCAGGCUCUGGGGCUGUCUGAAGACGAAGAUGUGCUCUUUGUGGUGUUCUCCCAAGGCCAAAAGAAUCGGGAAAAUCCACCCCGGGAGACCGUGCUGUGUCUGUUCACUCUUCAUCAGAUCAACCUGGCCAUGCGUGAGAGGAUCAUGUCUUGCUACCGUGGAGAGGGAACGCUGUCUCUACCUUGGCUGCUCAAUAAGGAGCUUCGCUGCUUCCACACGGGGAAGCAGAUCGGAGAUGUUUUUUGCGGCCUGGUCCUGAACCAGCCGGUCGGAGGGCUGAUUGUGAUCGAAGGGACGCCGCUGUACGACGAGCGGACGGACGGCAUGGCCUCGGUGGCCGCGUACACUUACGGAGAUCAUACGGUGGUGUUUGUGGGGACGCGUACAGGUCAUCUUAAAAAGAUCCGAGUGGACGGCGUUUCUCCACCUUCCCAGAACGUGCUGCUGUACGAGACGGUGACGGUGGUGGAGGGGAGCCCGAUCCUGCGAGACAUGGUGUUUAGUCCGGAUUAUCAGUACGCGUACUUGCUGAGCGACAAACAGGUGACUCGUCUCCCAGUGGAAAGCUGUUCUCAGUACUGGAGCUGUAAGAGCUGUCUAGGCUCCGGAGAUCCUCACUGUGGCUGGUGUGUUCUACACAACAAAUGCUCCAGGAAGGAAGCGUGUCAGAAAUGGGAACUGCCACAGCACUUCAGCACGGAGCUGAAGCAGUGUGUCGACAUCACCGUCACCCCUGCAAACAUGUCCGUGACCUCGGCCUCCACCCAGCUGAGUGUGAAGGUGGCACAUGUGCCGAACCUUUCUGCAGGGGUGACGUGUGUGUUCGAGGACCUGAGCGAGACCCCCGGAGAGGUGCUGCCUAAAGGACAGAUCCUGUGCAUGUCCCCGUCACUGCGAGACGUCCCGACGCUCACGCACGGAUACGGUGAUAAACGAGUGGUCAGACUGUCGCUCAAGUCAAAAGAGUCCGGGCUCAAAUUCAUCACCACCGAUUUCGUCUUCUAUAACUGCAGCGUCCUGCAAUCGUGUUCGUCGUGCGUAAGCAGCCCUUUCCCAUGCAACUGGUGUAAAUAUCGACACAUUUGCACCAACAACGUGGCCGAGUGCUCUUUCCAGGAGGGCAGAGUCAGCAGUGUCGAGGGUUGCCCCCAGAUCCUGCACAGCAGCGAUAUACUGGUUCCAGCGGGUGUCGUUCGACCAAUCACGCUAAGAGCUAGAAACCUUCCCCAACCUCAGUCGGGCCAAAAGAACUACGAGUGUGUGUUCAACAUCCAGGGCAAAAUCCAGCGCGUCCCAGCCGUGCGGUUCAACAGCUCCUGUAUACAGUGCCAGAACACGUCGUACUGGUAUGAAGGUAAUGAGAUGGGGGACCUACCUGUGGAUUUCUCUAUCGUCUGGGACGGAGACUUUCCCAUCGACAAGCCCUCUGCUCUAAGAGCUCUCCUCUAUAAGUGUGAGGCUCAGAGGGACAGUUGUGGUCUGUGUCUGAAGGCAAACAGCAUGUUCGAGUGCGGCUGGUGUUUGGCUGAUAAGCGCUGCCUCCUGAAGCAGCACUGCCCUUUGGCCGAACACAACUGGAUGCACCAGGGCCGCCGGAACAUACGCUGCAGCCAUCCCCACAUUGCCAAGAUCCAGCCCCUGACUGGUCCUAAAGAGGGGGGCACAAGGGUGACAAUCGAGGGUGAGAACCUGGGGCUGCAGGUGAGAGAGAUCACACACGUGCGUGUGGCCGGCGUACGCUGUAACACUGUGGCGCAGGAAUACAUCAGCGCUGAGAGGAUCGUGUGUGACAUGGAGGAGUCUCUCAUGGCGAGUCCCCCAGGCGGUCCGGUGGAGCUGUGUAUCGGAGACUGCAGUGCUGAUUAUCGUACUCAGUCGUCUCAUACGUACGCGUUUGUGACACCCAGUUUUAACCGUGUACAGCCAGAAAAAGGACCCGUGUCAGGAGGAACCAGGCUGACCAUCUCGGGCCGGCAUCUGGAUGCAGGCAGCGCAGUCACCGUGUUCCUGGCCCAGGAGCCGUGUGUGUUUGUCAGGAGAACGUUGCACGAGAUCGUGUGUGUGACCCCGGCCUCCGCUCAGGGCCGGGGAGCCUCGUCCAUCAAGCUGUUCAUAGACAAAGCUGAAAUCAGCAGCGACCUUCGGUACAUCUACACAGAGGAUCCCAGUAUCCUUAGCAUCGAGCCCAACUGGAGCAUCAUCAACGGCAGCACGGCGUUGACCGUGACCGGAACGCACCUGCUCACCAUCCAGGAGCCCAAAGUCAGGGCCAAGUACGGCGGAGUGGAGACCACAAACGUGUGUACGGUGCUGAAUGACACCACUAUGGCCUGCCUCGCUCCUCCUAUCGUCUACACAAAGCGUCAGGUCCCCGAGAGCGGAAUUCAUCCGGACGAGUUUGGCUUCAUCCUGGAUCAUGUGUCCUCCCUCCUCGUCCUCAACGGGACUCCCUUUACAUAUUAUCCCAACCCCACCUUUGACCCACUCGGGAACGCCGGGAUACUGGAGGUCAAGCCUGGAUCUCCAAUUAUCCUCAAGGGUAAAAACCUGAUUCCUCCUGCCCCGGGGAACGCCCGCCUGAACUACUCAGUAAUGAUAGGAGAAACAGCGUGUCUGCUAACCGUCUCUGACUCCCAGCUGCUAUGUGAUUCGCCAGACCUCACCGGAGAGCAGCGUGUUCUGAUUCUGGUUGGUGGGUUGGAGUACUCCCCUGGCACUCUCCACAUCUACUCGGACAGCACGUUGACGCUUCCGGCCAUCAUCGGGAUCGGAGCGGGUGGUGGGGUCCUCCUCAUCGCCAUCAUCGCCGUCCUCAUCGCCUACAAGAGGAAGACGAGGGACGCAGAUCGCACGCUUAAACGCCUUCAGCUCCAGAUGGAUAACCUGGAGUCCCGGGUAGCUCUGGAGUGCAAGGAAGCAUUCGCCGAACUGCAGACGGACAUCCAAGAGCUGACCAAUGACAUGGACGGCGUGAAGAUCCCGUUCCUGGAAUACCGUACCUACACGAUGAGAGUGAUGUUCCCUGGCAUCGAGGAGCAUCCAGUUCUAAAGGAGCUCGAUUCUCCGGCGAACGUCGAGAAGGCCUUGCGUCUCUUCAGCCAGCUGCUCCAUAACAAGAUGUUCCUCUUGAUGUUCAUCCACACUCUGGAGGGCCAAAGGUCUUUCUCCAUGCGCGACCGAGGCAACGUGGCGUCUCUUCUCAUGGCGGCGCUGCAGGGUAGGAUGGAGUAUGCCACCGUGGUGCUCAAGCAGCUUCUGGCUGACCUCAUCGAGAAGAACCUGGAGAACCGGAACCAUCCCAAGCUGCUUCUGCGACGGACGGAAUCCGUGGCCGAGAAAAUGCUCACCAACUGGUUCACGUUCCUUCUGCAUCGCUUCCUCAAGGAAUGUGCAGGAGAGCCACUGUUCAUGUUGUACUGCGCUAUUAAGCAGCAGAUGGAGAAAGGGCCGAUCGACGCCAUCACCGGAGAGGCGCGCUAUUCUCUCAGCGAAGACAAGCUCAUCCGACAGCAGAUCGACUACAAGCAGCUGACGCUGAUGUGUAUUCCUCCAGAGGGAGACGCAGGUACGGAGGUCCCGGUAAAGGUGCUGAACUGUGACACAGUGACUCAGGUGAAAGAUAAGCUGCUGGAUGCGGUGUAUAAAGGGAUACCGUACUCACAGAGACCACAGGCUGAUGACAUGGACCUCGAAUGGAGACAAGGGCGACUCACCAGAAUCAUCCUUCAAGACGAAGAUGUCACCACGAAGAUCGAGAGUGACUGGAAGCGUCUGAACACGCUGGCGCAUUACCAGGUGACAGAUGGCUCAGUGGUGGCUCUGGUUCAGAAGCAAGUGUCUGCGUAUAACAUCGCCAACUCGUUCACAUUUACGCGCUCCCUCAGUCGAUACGAGAGUUUGCUCAGGACUUCGAGCAGUCCGGACAGCCUGCGCUCUCGAGCACCCAUGAUCACCCCUGACCAGGAGACUGGCACCAAGCUGUGGCACCUGGUGAAAAACCAUGAGCAUGCAGACCAGCGCGAAGGGGACCGCAGCAGCAAGAUGGUGUCUGAGAUUUACCUCACCCGUCUUUUGGCCACAAAGGGCACACUGCAGAAGUUUGUGGAUGAUUUAUUCGAGACGGUGUUCAGUACGGCUCACCGCGGCAGCGCCCUUCCACUGGCCAUCAAGUACAUGUUCGACUUUCUGGAUGAGCAGGCAGACAAGAGACAGAUCAGUGACCCAGAUGUGCGUCACACCUGGAAGAGCAACUGCUUGCCUUUACGGUUCUGGGUGAACGUGAUUAAGAAUCCACAGUUUGUGUUCGAUAUCCAUAAGAGCAGCAUCACAGACGCAUGUCUGUCGGUGGUGGCUCAGACCUUCAUGGACUCGUGCUCAACAUCGGAGCACCGUCUAGGCAAAGACUCGCCAUCCAAUAAGCUGCUUUAUGCUAAAGAUAUCCCCAAUUACAAGAGCUGGGUGGAAAGGUACUACAGAGACAUUAGCAAGAUGCCGAGUAUCAGCGAUCAAGACAUGGACGCCUAUCUGGUGGAGCAGUCCCGUCUCCAUGGCAGCGAAUUCAACACACUGAGCGCGCUCAAUGAGCUCUAUUUUUACAUCAACAAGUACAAAGAGGAGAUCUUGACAGCACUGGACAGAGACGGGUACUGCCGCAAACACAAACUGAGACACAAACUGGAACAAGCCAUUAACCUGAUGUCUGGUAGCAGCUGAUGGAGCAGGAGGAGAGGAAGAGAAGAGGGAAGAAGAGGAGGGUGGGAAGGAUGGAGGAAGGAAGGGAAAAGGGGAGGGGAUGAAGAGGGAAAGGGGUUGGCUGGAAGGCUCUGAGGAACUGACCGGCACAGAAACAUCCAUAGCUUGUGAUGGGAAGAGGAGAGAAUAAACACACUGGACAAUCACCACCCAAGCAACCACAGCACACGGAUGCCCAAUAUUUCACUAUUUCUCUGGACCAGAACCUGCACAGCCAAAACGCCGCAACUCUUCUCUCCAUAUUCUCUCUCUCUCUCUCUCUCACUCUCUCUCUCUCUCUCUCUCUCUCUCUCUCUCUCUCUCUCUCUCUCUCUCUAUUUCUCACUGUGUGUUAUUCUCAGUCUCAAGAUAGAAGUUCUGUCUUUCUGAUACUCUCUCACUCUCUCUCUCUUUAUCUCUUUCUCUUUUUCUCUUUCUCUCUCACCCUCUUCCUGUCACCGUCUCGUUGAGAAGGCAAACUGCCAAAAAAAAAAAAAAAAAACUUUUGGAAUCGGACAACUGUGGAUCACUAAGAUACAUUCCAAUAAGAAACGGUGACAUGUGCCGUUGCCGUAUAAGCUGUGCUAAGUCGUAGAAGCCAGUGCCAUGAAGGGGGAAAUAAAGAAGCCGGAAGCAAAACGAUGCAAUUUAAAACAGUGACAUUUGUAAGCUCUGAGAGAGGCCCGGUGGUCCGAGGAAAUCUGAAAAUUCAAUUCAAGCUCUCACUUCUUAAAACAUGAAAAAAGUGGGCAUGGAAUACAGGAACCACAUCCUCGUUUCAAACAAUCCUCGAUCACCAUAGGCCAAAAUAAAAUAAAAAUAAAAAAUAGCGCCUUUUUCUCACAUCCCUCUCUGUCAUGAUUCUGGGGCCAAAUGGACCUGAGCGGUGCCAAUCAGCGCCCUUCAGAGCUUGCCUUUCUGUUAACGUCUGGACAUACCCCUGAACCCCGACUCGAACAUGGCCUCAAGCUGGCCACUUCUACCCUAAUGGGGUUUUUUCCCUUGAUAUUGUAACCCAUACCCCACCCCAUUACCCCUACCCCCACCCAAUCCUCGGUUCCUGAAAUUUUUUUGUAUUAUACCACUGUGUUACUGUGAGGGUUGGAGUGUUUUAACUCAGAUCUGUGGUCCUUCCCAGAAGGGAAAGGGUUUCAAGUGUCAUACUUUGAUAACAGGCAUCCUGACCUAAUAGACCCAUCCAUCCAAGAGCAAUAAGUCGAGUUUAAAAACGGAAGCCAUGAGUCAAAAUUUCAGCGUCCCAUUCCAAACCACGAAAAAUUCCCAUUGUUUUACGUUUUUGGUUCCAUUGUCGCUGUUUCUGAAAAUUCUGAAAAACGUAUCUUGUGUAAGCGUUACACCAAGCACAACAAGAAAACACUGUCACACUGUUUAUCUUUCGAUCAUUUGAUCAGUUGAUUGAUUUGAAAAGGCAUUUUUGGCGUUUUAGUUUUCGCCGCAGAUAGAUGCAAGUCCCGGAUAUCCGCCUCAGAUUUUCUAUCGAAGCGCCUCGGUUCGUCCCUUGGAAACUUAACGCUGCGCUUCAAAAUCCUGUCUUUAUUCUACAAACGACACAGCCUUAAAUCAUCUGUCCUUUUUCAUUUUCCUUGACCCUAGCAUCUCAAGGAAAACACGAGGUACUCUGGGAAAACAGUCGCAAGCAAAUUGGAAAAUAUUACCAGCUUUUUUUUGUUUGUUUUUUUUUUUUUCUUUUGCUACACGAUUCUGAGUUUUGCCCUUUGCUUUUUAAUGGAGUAUUUAUUGUGCUUUCUAAUUUAUUGUGUUAUUUAUUUUUCCUCCAACGCAAGAAUGUACGAUACAUUAUUUCGUUGUACAGUAUCGCGAUCGAUCAUAUCGUUUCCUCUGUUUUUGCCAACGUGUAAGACUUUCCGUACGUAGACACUUUCUUAAGGUCGUCCGUGAGGAUUUAUGCAGCUGCGUGAAAGUUUCAUGUUUUCAUUAUAAUGUGUACGUUUCGAAGGUUAAAAGAAGUCAAAGUAAUCCGAGCAGACUAAUGGGGGAAAAAAAACACAAACGAAACAAAGCAGAAUUCAGUUGGGAUUUGGAGUGUAGGAAGUUGUCCUUGGAAAUAGCCACGCUUAUUAAUUAUGCUUUCAGUUGGACUACGAAUGUACAAGGACGUCUGGGUAAUAAACCCAAAAUGUAUGUGCUUCACUGGCCUUUAGCGAAAUUCAAAUCUUCAAACAUUUGCAUAAAUUAUUAAGAUUUCCUGCUUCAAUUUGGACAAAUCCUCCUUUGCUUUAAAAGUUUCUCAAUUCGGCAUAUCAUCAAGCAGCUGCUCAGUAGUUGGUGUUAAUUCCUAUUAAACUUAUGGUUUCAUGUAAUUCCGCCUUUUUUCCAGCUUGGAAAAAUUUGUUCAGGACGUUUUCAUUUUUCGUCAUGAUUCCGAAUCACUUUAAAACUUCACGUCAUCGGGGUGAGGUGAAGCGAGGUGUUUCGUACCAGAAUUUGGAGCUCGUUUACAUUUAAAAAGCAGCCACCGAGAUAAUUAAGUCAUAUCCUUUUGAACAUUUGUUUGUAUUUUUCCGUGGGGGGGAAGGAAGAGGAGGAUAAGGAGGAGAAACGGGGGACGGCUAAUGUGGAAUCUGGGUCUGAUGCAACAGGAGAAAAAAAAACAACUUGCGUGCUCGAGUGACAAAGGUGCCAGGUCAGCAGAGAAACCACUCAGUAAAAUUAAAUCCAAUCAUAAAUCUACACCAAAAAAAUUAAAUAUAUAGAAAUAAAUAUAUCUAUAUAUCAAGAUCAGUUUGAUUGACCACAUCUCAAGGUUUACAUCCGAAUUCCUGAACUGUGAGUAAAAGCCAAACGUACUGUCGGGAAGGGCCUCCUUCUCCGCAUACGCACUGCCUGUAAGACUAACAGCCAUCAGGGCAAUUAAUUUUUUUGUUCACACUUUUUUUUUUUUUUGCUUAAUAGAGAGUUUUUCCUCUAGCCAUACGGUCCGAAGUCGUCUCUUUUCUCUUUUUCGUUUUUUGCAGCACAGCCUUUCUAACAUGCUUCAAGUGUGUAAUGUGAAAAAGAAAAAGAAGGGGGAAAAAAACGCUAAAAUACUAUUAAAAGCACCUGUACUCGUGAGGAGAAGAGGAGUGAGUGAGGGGGGAAAAAUUGUUUUUCUGUAGAAUCGCUAGAAGGAAAAAAAAAUGUGUUUUUUGAUCCAUAAUCUACAUUUCAGUCAGUGUUCUAGUUAUAAAAAAACGUUUUUAAAAAAAAAAACACAUUUUGUCUCAGAUGACUUGAUUCUAAUUUAUUUGUCAUUUUUUUUUUGUUUUUUUUUGUCUGUUUUUCCCAAAUGUUAUAAUCAAUUAUAUGGUUGAGACUUGUUUACAGUUUCUAAAGAUAAAAGGAGUUUAUUAACAUUAACAAUGUGUCUGGAGAGGAAGUAGCUUUGUGUCUGACUGGCUGAUCGACUGAGGAAUGAAUGACUGCUUUGCCUAGUCCUUAAUUCUAUAUAAAUAUAUAAAUAUAUUUUGUAUAAUUAUUGGUUCCGAAUGGUUUCUUUUUAAAUUAUUAUUUUUUAGUCACGUCUCUUUUUUUGUCAUUUUCAUCCUUUCCAUUUUUUUUUUUUUACUUUUUUUUUUUUGUUAAGUCAGUUCACAGGAAUUGUAGGAAUGAGUCUGUUCAAACGCUGGCUGCAAUGAAGUGUUUUGUAUAUAUUUGCACUUUUUUUUACUCGACGCGCAACGGUUUUUGAAAGAUCGGACUCUUGACGACAUUCAAAUGACGAGCAUGGUGUUCAUUUAUUUUCUGUUUUGCUAAUUAAAAGAUAUGUGGAUGAUGCUGUAUAUUUCUUGAAUGUUUCUUUGUAUAUGUUGUCAUCUGCAAGGACUAUUUUCUCUCAAAAGAUUGAUGUUUUCAUUCAAAAUAAAGACAAGUGGCUCAGUGAAAAUCACCGGGUGAUCGGACGUGAGAUCAGAUUGAAUAAUCAAA